CGCGUGCCAGCGACCCUUGGAAUGCCAGGAAAGUAUAAUAUCUCGACUGUGUUCCUUCUUUGUUCACUUUACGCAUUCACGUCUCCACACAAUCAUUUCACCUAGGACAUUUCUCUACCACUACUCAUUACCACAGGUACAAUUAGAACACGACUCACGAUACCUACGAUCACCAUGGCGCCAAUGGCAAUCAACGAUAUGCUGAACGACAGCAAGACCAACGGCGCGCUGAACGCCAAAGCAGCCACUUUCACACCCUCGAGCGACGCUUCUGCCUACCACGCUGCAACGUCACAGCAGGCAAUCGACUCAGAGAGCCGAUUCGCGGCACACAACUACCACCCAUUGCCCAUAGUCUUUGCAAGAGCAAAGGGCGUUUCAGUAUGGGAUCCUGAGGGAAAGCACUACCUCGACUUCCUCUCCGCGUACUCAGCAGUCAACCAAGGACACUGCCACCCCAAGCUCAUUCAGGCGCUCACAGACCAGGCGAGCCGUCUGACGCUCUCCAGCAGAGCGUUCUACAAUGAUGUGUUUCCAAAGUUCGCAGAAAAGGUCACCAAGAUGACGGGCUUCGACAUGGUGCUGCCCAUGAACACUGGUGCCGAGGCUGUGGAGACUGCAGUCAAGGUUGCACGAAAAUGGGGCUACAAGGUGAAGGGCAUUCCACAAGACAAGGCAUUGGUCUUUAGUGUGCAGGACAAUUUCCACGGCAGGACAUUUGCUGCAAUCACAAUGUCCUCGGAUCCCGAGAGCCGGGACAACUACGGGCCAUAUCUUCCAGGCAUUGGAUCUGUGUGCCCAGUCACGAACGAGCCAAUUCCAUUUGGAGACGCAGACGCGCUGGAGCGAGUGCUGGAGAAGCAUGGCAAAGAGACUGCUGCAUUCUUGGUUGAGCCUAUCCAAGGAGAGGCUGGAAUCGUCGUUCCAGACGAGAGCUACCUUCAAAGAGUGCGGGAACUCUGCACAAAGCACAAUGUACUCCUCAUUUGUGACGAGAUUCAGACUGGAAUUGCGCGAACAGGACGUCUUUUGUGCCACGAGUGGAGUGGCAUCAAGCCAGAUCUGGUCCUGCUCGGCAAAGCGAUCAGCGGAGGCAUGUACCCAGUCUCAGCGGUUCUCGGUUCGAAAGAGGUGCUCCUCACCAUCGAACCUGGCACUCACGGCAGCACAUACGGAGGCAACCCCCUCGGCAGUGCUGUUGCUAUAAAGGCUUUGGAGAUUGUGGAGGAGGAGCAACUCACAGAGCGUGCCGAAAAGCUCGGCCAUAUUUUCCGAGACGGUAUCACUCAGAUCAUGAAGAAGAAUUCCAUGAUCCAAUUGGUGCGCGGCAAGGGUCUGCUCAACGCCAUCGUGAUCGAUGAAUCGAAGACAGGAGGCAAGACUGCGUAUCAGCUGUGCUUGCUCAUGAAGGAGAAGGGCCUAUUGGCCAAGCCAACACAUGAAAACAUCAUCCGACUUGCUCCACCUCUCGUCAUCACCGAAGACGAGCUGAAGAGCGCGCUGCAGAUCCUCGAAGACGCCGUCAACGGGCUGCCUACAUGGGAAGCAGACAAGAAGCUCAAGCACGUCCCAGAAAGCGAGAAGAAUGUACACAUUGGUAUUGAGAACUGAGCGGCACAGCAUCAUGGCAUUUUCAACAACAUGUGGUAUGACCUGUUCACGAUACAUACGCUUCGAUACCCUGGGUGGUGUGCUCGCAUAUUGCGGCUUUGACUAGAAUUAGACCUAGAUACCCCCGACUUGGCCGCGAGCGGCAUGAAUUCAUUGGCUUUACGAUACGCAGUGUGGGUCCAGACUGCAUUUCACUUUCCCCAUCAUUAGCAGAGGCAGCCGGGCCUCAAGCAGCGAC